GAAUUAUUGUCAACGCCUCAGGCCGUUGCUCGUGUUAGUCAUUAUCGCCUGGCGGCACAUUUAGGCAGCGCUUUUCUUCUUUAUGCGGGCAUGCUUUUAACUGGUUUAAAUAUUGUUCAAGAUGCAAAAAUUGCAAGUGGGACUUUCCCCAAGGCCGUCAUCGAAACUCUUUCGAAUCCUACACUCAGAAAAUUCCGUCUUUGCACUAUUGGAUUAGCUGGACUGAUAUUUUUUGACCUCUAUGUCAGUCAGAACUUUUUUCAAGUAUUUAUUCAAAAACUGGCGAUAGCAGUUUAUGGCGAAAUUUUUUUCGAUAACCCCACAACUGUGCAAUUUGAUCACCGUGUUCUCGCAAUGACGACUUUGAGCUCAAUCGUGGCCUUAUGGUUAUAUUCACGCCGCCUUAAUCUUCCACCCCAGGCUCGUUUAGCCAUUAAUGGCGUCCUUGGUGUAGGUUGUUUGCAGGUAACAUUAGGAAUUAGUACUUUACUAUAUAUGGUACCAAUCCCUUUGGCCUCUGCCCACCAAGCAGGUAGCUUAACUCUUUUAACCACUGCCUUAUAUUUGGUACAUAUCAUGAGAAGAAUGCCAAUCAAAUUAUGA